UAUCGGUAACGCAAGCAAACAGGGUAACACGAAAUAGUGUACAGAAUGUAUAAGCUACUGGUUCUCCUCCUAAUAGGCAUUAAGUGUGCCAAUUCAAAACGCGUCUGCAAAACCUUUCCAGAUUAUUACAAUGUUUUCAGCAAAGAUUGCUAUGAUAGUCCUUACUUAAAAAUGAGUGAGGCGGAAAUUAUUCGUUCUUGGGGUUUCACUGCGGAGGAAUAUGAUGUUGUGACGGAAGAUGGAUAUAUUCUAAACCUUGUAAGGGGAUAUGCUAACAAAACCAAAAAGCACGCAGUAGUGGUAGGACACGGCUUUGCGUCAAACGGUUACCAAAUAAUUUUCAAAGGGACGACCUCAUUAGCUUACGUUCUGGGGAAAAGUGGCUAUGAAUUUUGGAUACCUAAUUAUAGAGGCAGCAAGUUCAGUAGGGGGCACACAUACUUGUCGGACAAAAAUGAAAGUUAUUGGGAUUUUAGUUUUCAUGAAAUGGCCAUCUACGACCUGCCUGCGACUUUAAACAAAGUGACUGAAAUCACGAAAACCGAGAAGUCUAUAUAUAUCGGAAUUUCGAUGGGUACGACCAUAAGUUACAUAUUUGCUACUAAAAAACCGGAUAUUGCGGAGAAGAAGUUGACAAGGAUAGUUUCUUUGGCGCCGAUUGCAUAUCUAGGAGAUAUCAAAAGUUUCUUGAAGUAUGCUGCCCCUUUUGACUGGUUACUCAAGCGAAUUCCGUAUUUAAUAAACAACCACGGGGAAUUCGUACCAUUGCUGAAACUAGGCUUUCAAAAUUACGUUUGCUCUUACACGCCAUUACAAAUGUUGAGCUGUGAAAUAGCGUUGGACUUCGCAUCCGGAUUCAACUUCGGAAACAUUGAUCCCUCUGUGGGACCCUUGAUCCCGGGCUUAAAUUUUGAUAGCACGUCCGUAAGGGUGCCGCUCCAUUUUAGCCAAAUGAUGAAGAGCGGAAGAUUUGCGGAAUACGAUUACGGAAAAAAGAAAAAUUUGCGGAUUUACGGCACGGAGAAGCCGCCUGUUUAUGAUUUCAAAUCCGUUACGGUUCCAGUUACGUUAUUUGCUGGCGCAAAGGACUGGUUGGGAGUAAAGAAGGCGGCUGGCCGGAUCUAUGGAGAAUUAAACCCGGGAGUUCAAUGUGGUUUGACUGUUGUACCGGGAUAUACCCAUUUCGAUUUUAUACGGGCGAAGAACGUAGAAAAAUAUUUCUUCCCAUCCCUAAUUAGUUCCAUAGACAAUGAAUGCACUAAAUAAAACUAUUAAAUCAAAAUAAGCUAUAAUAAAACUAUCAAACCACAAUAUGUUUGUUUAU